AUGAGAAUCACGCAGUCUCUGUCAUGGGCUCUUGCCACCUGUCGAUGCCUACCCGGCGACGCCUGCUGGCCCUCUACCAACGUGUGGAACCAGUUUAACCAGACUGUCGGCGGCGUUCUCAUCAAGACUGUUCCCAUCGGUUCGCCGUGUCAUGACCCUACCUACGACGCCGCGGCUUGCUCGGCUUUGCAAACGGCGUGGAAGCUUCCCCAGACUCACUUCGAGUCAUCUUCGUCUGUGAUGCAGGCCUUCUUUGCCAACCAGAGCUGUGACCCCUUCUUGGCUGAGUCUCGCCCUUGCACUCUUGGCAACUAUGCUGCCUAUGCCGUCAAGGUGUCCAACGCCAACCAAGUUGCUGCCGCUGUUCGGUUUGCCAACGAUCACAACAUCCGCCUGGUUGUUCGCAACACUGGCCAUGACUACCUUGGUCGCUCUACUGGCGCUGGCUCUCUCGCCAUCUGGACUCACUUCAUGAAGGACGCUGAAGUCGUCUACUGGUCCGACAAGCUCUACAACGGCCCUGCCGUCAAGCUCGGCGCCGGUAUCCAGGGCGCGGACGCCGUCGAGUUUGCCAACUCUCACGGCCUCACCACCGUCUCUGGCGAGUGCCCUACCGUCGGUCUUGCCGGCUUCACCCUUGGUGGUGGCCACUCUGCUCUUAGCACCAGCUAUGGUCUCGGUGCUGAUCAGACUCUCGAGUUCGAAGUUGUUACUGCGGCCGGCAGAGUCGUCAGGGCUUCUGCUUUCGAGAACAGUGACCUCUACUGGGCUCUGAGCGGUGGUGGUGCUGGCAACUUUGCUGUUGUCACUUCCCUGACUGUUCGAGCUCACUACACUGGUACCAUUGGAGGCGCUACUCUCCAGAUGGUUGCUACUGACAAGGCUACCUUUGAUAAUGCUGUCGCCAAGUUCCACGAGCUUCUGCCCGCCAUGAUUGACCACGGUCCUACCGUUAUCUACUAUGUCACUGCUGGUGUUCUCGUCGUCAAGCCCAUCACGCUUGUCAACUCCACCGGAGACUAUGUCCGCGAUGAGGUCCUUGGCCCCUUCACUACCUACCUCGCCUCGGUUGGCAUCACGCCCGUGGUUUCCUACACCACCCUCAACUACCGCGACCACUACGACACUUAUAUGGGUCCUCUCCCCAACGGCCACAUUGGUGCUUCCGAGUAUCAGUAUGGUGGUCGUCUCAUCCCCCGUUCCGUCAUCGAGAACGACAACGACAACUUCCAAAAGACGAUCCGCAACCUCACCGCCAACGGCGUCAUUGCCGUCGGCAGCGGUGGCAGCUUCCAGCCUUACAAGGGCGUCUCCAACGCCGUGCACCCCGCCUGGCGCAAGGCCAUCAUGUCGAUGCAGCUCGCCACCACCUGGGAUCCCCUCCGCUGGAACGACAUGCUCACGAUGCAGAAGCGCAUCACCUACGAGUUCAUGCCCCAGAUCGAGGCCGUCACUCCCGGCAGCGGCACUUACAUGAACGAGGCCGACUUUAACCAGCUCAACUGGCAGGAGACUUUCUAUGGCGACAACUGGAGCCGUCUUGCUUCUAUCAAAAAGAAGUGGGAUCCCAAGUCGCUGUUCUACAACCUCAAGGGUGUUGGUAGCGAUGCCUGGAGCGUGGCUGCGGAUGGCCGCAUGUGCCGGGUUUAA